GUCGCUCCCUGGGGCUGAGAGCAGCAGCCGCCUCGCAGCGUGCGGCCAUGGGGCUGUCGGAUGAAUCGAGGCGGCUGCCCAUCUGCAGCGAGGGAUGGGGGCGGGAGCCGGUGCGCCCCCAGCCCCUGGGGGCAGUGCGGAAAGCCGUUGGAAUGCUGCCCGAGGGCUAACCGGGGGCCGCAUGGAGGCGGCUGCGUGCGGAGGAGCCCGGCCCAGGAGGUGUGCCGGCUGGGGCCAAGGGACACACAGGCACUGCUGUCUGCAACUCAGGCAAUGGAGCUGCGGAAGUGUGACUACCACGUGGAACGGCCGUUGCUGAACCAGGAGCAGCUGGAGGAGCUGGGGCACUGGAGCUCAAAGCCUGGGACCCAACAGUGGCGAGUCUGGUUUCAGUGCUCCCGAGCUCGAGCCCGUGCCCUUCUGCUCCAAUACCUCCCGGUUUUGGCCUGGUUACCCAGGUAUCCUGUGCGUGACUGGCUCCUGGGUGACUUGUUAUCUGGCCUGAGUGUUGCCAUCAUGCAGCUUCCACAGGGCUUGGCCUACGCCCUCCUGGCUGGCUUGCCCCCUGUGUUUGGCCUCUACAGCUCGUUCUACCCUGUCUUCAUCUACUUCCUGUUUGGUACUUCCCGGCACAUCUCUGUGGGGACUUUUGCUGUCAUGUCUGUAAUGGUGGGCAGUGUGACAGAAUCCCUGGCCCCAGACGAAGACUUCGUGCAGGACGUGAACUCCACGGUUAAUGAGGAGGCCAGAGACGCCACCCGGGUGCAGCUGGCCUCCACGCUCAGUGUCCUGGUUGGACUCUGCCAGGUAGCGCUGGGCUUGGUCCACUUCGGCUUCGUGGUCACCUACCUGUCAGAGCCUCUGGUCCGCAGCUAUACCACAGCUGCGUCUGUGCAGGUCUUUGUCUCGCAGCUCAAGUAUGUGUUUGGCCUCCAUCUGAGCAGCCGCUCUGGGCCACUGUCCCUCAUCUAUACAGUGCUGGAGGUCUGCUGGGAGCUGCCCCACAGUGUGGUGGGCACCGUGGUCACUGCAGUUGUGGCAGGGGUGGUGCUCGUGCUAUUGAAGCUCUUGAAUGACAAGCUGCAGCGACAUCUGCCUCUGCCAAUACCCGGGGAACUGCUUACGCUCAUUGGGGCCACAGGCAUCUCCUAUGGCGUGGGCCUGAAGGACAGAUUUAAGGUGGAUGUUGUGGGCAACAUCCCUGCUGGGCUGGUCCCCCCAGUGGCCCCCAACACCCAGCUGUUUGCGAAGCUUGUGGGAAAUGCCUUCGCCAUUGCUGUGGUUGGGUUUGCCAUUGCCAUCUCGCUGGGGAAGAUCUUCGCCCUGAGGCAUGGCUACCGUGUGGACAGCAACCAGGAGCUGGUGGCCCUUGGCCUCAGUAACCUCACUGGGGGCUUCUUCCAGUGCUUCCCCGUGAGUUGCUCUAUGUCUCGGAGCCUGGUACAGGAGUGCACCGGGGGCAACACGCAGGUUGCUGGAGCUGUCUCUUCCCUUUUCAUCCUCCUCGUCAUUGUGAAGCUUGGGGAACUCUUUCAAGACCUGCCCAGGGCAGUCCUGGCAGCCGUCAUUAUCGUGAACCUAAAGGGCAUGCUGAAGCAGUUCUCUGACAUAUGCUCUCUCUGGAAGACAAAUCGAAUGGAUCUGCUUAUCUGGCUGGUGACCUUUGUGGCCACCAUCCUGUUGGACCUGGAUCUUGGCCUGGCGGUUGCGGUCAUCUUCUCCCUGCUGCUCGUGGUGGUCCGAACGCAGCUACCCUACUACUCUGUCCUGGGGCAGGUGCCAGACACAGAUAUUUACAUAGAUGUGGCAGAGUACUCAGAGGCCAGGGAGGUCCCAGGCGUGAAGGUCUUCCGCUCCUCAGCCACCGUGUACUUUGCCAAUGCUGAGCUCUACAGUGACGCACUGAAGCAGAGGUGCGGUGUGGAUGUCGACCACCUCAUCUCCCAGAAGAAGAAGCUGCUCAGGAAGCAGCAGCUAAAGCUGAAGCGCCUGGGGAAAGAGAAGCAGCUCCAGGAACAGGCUGCUUCCUCCAAGCGCACUUCAGUUUCCAUCAGUGUCAACACCAGCCAGGGAGACAUCAAGAGCAACAACGUGGAGGAACCCAAGGCCAAGCAGGUGAACACAGAGGAUGGGCUGAAGGACACAGUGGUUAGUGAUCAGGAAGAUGCCAAGGCCCCAGAUGUGUUCACACUGAAGGCCCUGGGUCUGCCCCAACCAGAUUUCCACAGCCUCAUCUUGGACCUGAGCGCCCUUUCUUUCGUGGACACUGUGUGCCUCAAGAGCCUGAAGAAUAUUUUCCAUGACUUCCGGGAGAUCGAGGUGGAGGUGUACAUGGCGGCCUGCCACAGCCCUGUGGUCACCCAACUGGAGGCUGGGCACUUCUUUGAUGCAUCCAUCACUAAGCAGCAUCUCUUUGCCUCUGUCCAUGAUGCUGUCACCUUCGCUGUCCAGCAUCCGAGGUCUAGCCCCAUCAACCCCGUUUUGGUCACCAAACUCUGACUGUGCUGCCACCCUGCCUGAGACCUCCCACCUCUGGAGGUUGUGAUGGGGCACCCUUGAGAAGCCUCCCACCACUGGACCACCUCCAGGUGCCACCCAGGAGUCCCCUCCGUGUACACACACACACACACACACACAACUCAGGGAUGGAGGUCCUGGGACUCCAAGUUCAGAGCUGCAGGCCUGGUUCGAGUACUGCAGUCAGGCUGGCACUGGCAGGUGUUGAGAGGGAACCGAGGUGUAUUUUCAGCCUCAGGAAUAAAGAUUUG